AGAGUUCCAAAGAGUAAUAAAUAGUGUUUCUUACUUCUAAAAUCCUCAACGAAUCAAAGUAACACAGUUAUAUGUCAAUCGAGUUAUAGGAUGUUGAUGAAAAAAGUUAUUCAGUGAUUACUUAGGAAGAGCUUUAUAAUGUCUUACAACCUGUUUAAAGUAUUACUUCUAAUGCUUCUGAUUUCUUAUCUGAACGCAUUACCAACACGUCGAAGCCGUGUCCGAUGCCCACCGGACUUUUGUAAGAGUUUUGAUUGCCCGUCAGUCCGAUGUGCUGAAAAUGAACAUGUUAAAGAGAAAGGGGACUUCUGUGGGUGCUGUGACACUUGCGCCUUGGAUUUAUAUAAAGGGGACCUUUGUUUCGCACCUCUUAUUGGUUUACCUGAUGGAUUUGAAUGCGCAAAAGGAUUAUUUUGUAACAUCGAAACUAAACUUUGCGAUGAGAUGCCUCAAAGUCAAACACAAGAAGUCGUGUGAAGAAAAAAAAUCUCAAAAUAUCAUUUAUUAAUUUAUUGAUUAACUCGAAUUUUCCAAUAAUACAAUAAUAAAAGCAUGUGUAGUUGAUGUUCCUUUACAUACUGUAGCUAAAUUAUUUUAGAUUAUUUCCAUUGCUAAAGUACAUGAUAGACAUUAGAGUUGUUAACUGUUACUUCCUUUAAUUAAUUUAUUAUAAAUGCUCUCAUGAUGAGCUUAACUGAAUACAAAUGUUUUCAUUUAACGAGUAAGCAGUAUGUUGAUUAACAAAUUGUAAUGGUGACACAGCACAAUAAAUUUCUAACUUCUUUUUUCUAUUUUCAUUACUAUUUUGUUCCUAAGAUGAAAAUAUGUGAUUCCUUUGCUUUCAUGACAAAGAUGAGUGACUACAGAAUGUAAAGGCCAAUUACAAACUUAUACAAAGUGACAAUGUAAUUUUUUUCAAAUAAAUGCAAUUCCCAAAAGCUUUAA